CUCACCAAUCUAAUUCUGCAGCAACGAGCUAUGAGCGUCUGAAGGCAUUUUAAAGAUCUGGGACCCUGAGCCUAAUCCAAUUAGCAUUUUGUAGACCUUCAUUUUUGAAUAGAUUGCAAAGAUCUCUUGCUAAUUAAAAUAAGAGCAGGAAAUAUACUGAUGCAAUAAAUUACUACCAAUCUAUCCUUUGUAUUGUAUGGUCACGUGUACUGCUGCAUUCAUUUUAUUGGUAAUAUUCAAGAUAGAUUGUCCUAGGUUGACGUCAGGACUUCACUCAGUCCAUUUGUCAGUUUUCCAAGAAAUGAAUAACGUUGACAUGAUGAAUGAUUUUCAUUGGAAGAUUUUGGUGAAUGACACAACUGUGACUCCUGUAACCAUUUAAAAGUGAGCUCCACUGAAGAAGAUGUGCAGUUAAAGCCUCAAUUUUCCAUACUGCUGCAUCAGCUGAAGAGCCAAUAAAAUGGAUAAAGUCACGUCUAUUCAUCUGUGCCUUGGGACGCUAACUUUUCUUGUUAUGAUUUCUAUGCACUCUGCGCAAACCAAACCUUAUUUAUUACAGGAUAACGAACUGUUUCCAGAAAAAGAGGAUUCCAGUCACCAGAACAUGCUGUUAACAUUCCUCCUCAAUAAACACCUUCCCUUAAGGCGACCAUCAUCUUUUGAACUGGAGCUUGAAAGCAAAUUGGAGCAACUGGAACAGCUGGAGAAACUGAAGGAGCAGCUCUUGGAAGGGAAGGCUUCUGAUGUAACAUAUGCCGUGGAAGGGAUGGCAUCCUCGCACCCUAACAAACGAGCGUGCUUUUGGAAAUACUGUGUGUGAAGAUUGCCCAGCAAUGCAGAGCUGUUUCCUUUCAGGGUGUGUUAUAGUUUGGCCACAUUACUGAUAUGACAAUAACAAGGAAGACUGAAGACAUUUCUAAACAAAUUUCCUUAGUUCCUUUUGUGCAGCUUCUUGUGUUUAUCUCAGUAGAGAGCUACAAAUAAUGCAUAGAACCAGUGACACGUCUAUUAUUUAUCACUGUGCAAAAGCACCGUUUCAUUUAUGUAGAGUUAUGCUGUAUAUUAUAAAAAAUAUUUAUUAUAAUCAUUGUAAAAUAAAUCAU